UCGUCUACGUCGACGGACUUGUUUCUCUCGGCGGGGACUGGGGUUUUCCUGCAAAGAUACAGGCAAUAUUUUAUAUUCGUUCGCUAGAUUGUCCUCCGCAGUAAGCAUUCGGUACUCGAAGGAGGCAAGUUCGUUAAACAAGAUGCGUACAUUACAAAGAAGUUUUUUGGCAUUUUGCUUAUUUGCAUCAGCCAUGGCCGCGUCAGUUGAAAAUAAUUCAGCCGUUCAGGCUGUUUCUCAGGGUGCUCAUUUGUUCUCCUCCAACUUCGUCAAGACCGUUUCACAAGAAAAAUUAGACAAUUUGAUAUGUUCUCCCCUAAGUGCUCACAUUGCCUUGAGCAUGGCAGCUGACGGCGCUGCCGGAACUACCGAAAUGCAAUUUAAAGAUGUUCUCAAGCUUCCAGCCUCAAAACCACAAACUCUAGAGGGCUAUCAGAAUCUCAUCGCUAAACUGAAUAAUGUUGAGAAUGUUACUUUGAAGCUCGCUAACAAGAUGUUUAUCGGCGAAAGCUUUCCGGUAAAACCUGAAUACAAACAAGAUCUCAAGACAUACUUUCAUUCUGACAUUCAGUCGGUAAAUUUUAAUGAUAGCCAAGAAGCUGUGAAUGUCAUCAAUAACUGGUGCAAAGAAAAAACAAAUGAUCGCAUCAAGGAUAUUCUUAGUGAAGGCGAUGUGGAUGCUAGUACUGCACUGGUGCUGGCAAACGCGGUGUAUUUCAAGGGUUUGUGGGCACACCAAUUCGAUCCUAAGGCUACCACCGAUCGUCCGUUCCAUAUUGACGUCAACACCGUAAAAAAUGUUCCAACUAUGUAUAGAAAGGGCAACUAUAAAUACACCGAAUUGCCGGAAUACGACGCUAAAUGCAUCGAGUUACCAUAUGCGAAUAAAGAGGUCAGCAUGGUGAUCAUUCUACCCAAUAAAAUUGACGGUUUAGCUGCAUUGACUGACAAACUCGAGGAAGUUACCGCGGAAUGCAGCACUCGCCUCGCUCAAACUUACGAACGUGAAGUCCGAGUAUAUCUGCCUAGGUUCAGGACUGAAUCCAAAUUGGAUCUUAAAGAUACAUUGUCCAAGAAGAUGGGUCUCAGUGAGCCAUUCAGCCAUGGAGCUAACUUUAACGGCAUUUCGGACGUACCUGUGCUAAUCGACAAAGUCAUACAAAAAGCUUUCAUCGAAGUUAAUGAAGAAGGUAGCGAGGCAGCCGCCGUCACUGGCAUCAGCAAUCGAAGAUUUCUAUCCGAUUUCAAGAACUUUGAAGCAAACAGGCCAUUUUCAUUCGUAAUGAGAUGGUCAAACGAUAUCGAACUAUUCCGAGGCAUCGUAAAUAAUCCGAGAUUAAGAAGUUAACGAGAUGAGUCGCACAUGUGAACAUCAUAAAAUGUGGUAGCAGCUAAACGAUCUGUAAGAUCUCUUAUUAAUCUGCUUAUCCUUUUAUUUUUUUGCAAUAAUUUUAUCACUUGCGAUCAUUCUUGUAAUUUCUUCACAUUUUACAAAAAUUGAUUACCUCGCAACUGCCUAUGACUAUACGGUUAUUGUUUUAUCAGGGCAUCAAUAAUACAAAAGUACAAGAUUUUUACAAACAUAAAAAUUCGAAUAAAUUCGACUCAAUUCGCUGUAUAAACAAUCAACAGAGCGAGAAAAGAACGUCAGAGGAGAACAAAUUUUCUCUAAGUUAAAUUCGAGGUAUGCAAAGCGUACAUUUAUACAUUGCAUUAACAAAAACGAAACAAAUCGAUUAAGAUCUCAAUGUACAGAUUGUCUUAUUGUUAUUUUGUUCACAGGAGUUUAAACCGUGCUAUUUGUAGUUAAUAUAGGUGCA